CUCCCUCCCUGUGGAGUGUGAGCGAGCUAUCUGGCAGCCAGCUGAUCAGUGCUGUGGCAUUCGGAGAGAGGGAAGGAGCGGGGCGAACGCACAGAGCUUCACCGGGAGCGCUUUCGCAGUUCUGACACCCUGAAAAGAGGAAGCGGAGAAAAUAACAAAGUCGGCCAGAGGGUUUUUUUACCCAGGAAGGGAAGUACCUCGGCACAAUGAAGGGGGCCGGCUGGAGGAAGUGAAGAGAGCCACAGCUGCCUGGGCACUGGCCGCAGUGUAGAAGCCACAUCCCUGCGUCUCGCUCACAGACCGAGGGAGAGAGAAAACACUGGGUGUUUUUCACGUUUUUGGGUUGUUCGGCGUCGGCUGCAAAGUCUCUGUCUCUCUCCGUCUUGUGGAUCUCGAGGACCCAGGCGAGGCGGGGGAGAAGCCGGGCCCGGGGGCCGAGAUGUCGUACAGCUCCUGGUCCAUGCUUUCGCCCGUGCAGUGGGCCAAGUGGACCUGGUCUGCCGUCCGAGGCGGAGGGGAGGAGGAGGAGCGGGAGGAAGAGGAGGGCGGACGGCUGAAGGAUGAGGAAGAACUCUUCCAGGAGGAGGAGAAGUCUGGGGGCUGCAGCUCGGACUCGGAGGGGAACUUCGAGACGCCCGAGGCGGAGACCCCUGUCCACAGACCCCUGAAGAACAUCGGAGAACUGGACAACUGUACGGCCAACGGCACAGCAGGUCUGCCGGAGGAUGACACGCAGAUGAUCUGCACCGCUGCCGGGCUGCACGGCUCGCUCCUCGACAAGAACUCCAACCGGAACGGGCUCCCGCUGACGGGCCGGGACCAGGACCGGGCCGAGGCGCCGGGCGAGGAGCGGGACGCUCUCAACAACCUGAAGGGCGCCGCGCAGAUGCUGGCGGGCCUCACCGUCUCCGACCCGAACCAGAACCUCAACCUCCGGGCCCGCCCCGACCCGGCGGAGCCCAAACGGGCCCGGCCCCCGUCUCUGGAGAUGAAGGGCCCUCUGAACGGACCUGACCCCGGCGAGGUGGACGACGGGCCCGCCCCCGGGUUCGACCCGGACCGGUACAACGACAACGUCGACCCGUUCACCAACGGGGGCUCGGGGGUCGCCGGGGUCACGGCGGGAGACGGCCGGCCAAUCGGGAGGGAGUUCGGCCUGGAGGACGACUCUGAAACCGGGGAGGUGAAGACGGCUUCGGCCAAAAAGGCGGGGAACAAGCCCGGCGGCAGACGCACCCCCAAAAAAGCCAAGCUCAAACCGGCAGAGCUGGACGCAGUUCUGCCCAAGGGCUCGUACAGCUUUGACCCGGACGCUUUCGAGGGCUCUGUGGACCCCUUUCAGCCCUCUAAGACCUUAGCCGUGGACGGCUCGCUGAAGACGGACCCCUCUGCAGCAGAAGAGCCGCUCUGCCAGAAGCUGCAGGCCGACGGCCAGGAGAAGCAGUCACCCAAGAGGAACAAGGGCAGGAUGAUCACGAAUUCGUGCAAAGUGAAGAAAUAUGAAAACCAGUCUCUGGUUCUGGACAUCUGUGGCCAGGACGAUGAGGUCGCGGAGGCAAAGGUCCCCAGCAUCGCUCACCGCGAGGGCCAUGCCACCGACGAGGAGAAGCUGGCCUCCACCGGCUCCAAACCGGGCAAGGCCGAGGAGGAGGAGGAGGAGGAGGAGGAGGAGUUCUCUGACUGCGGUGGCAAGAACAGCAGCAGCAGACCGCUGGCUGGGGAAGGGAAAGAAAUGAAGAUCACAGACAAUCCAGAGGAAAAAGAGCCCUGUUUUCCAUAUGAAGACCCUGCAAAAAUCAAGAGCACAAAGCCAGCAGGAAGUGAGAGUAAUGACAAAGGAAGUCCAGUUCUGGACACCAUCUGCAUCAGCGAGGCAGACAAAGCAGCCGUCCUCACGCUGAUUAGAGAAGAGAUCAUAACUAAAGAAAUGGAGGUGAACGAGUGGAAGAGCAAGCACACGGAGAGCAGACAGGAAGUGAUGGAAAUGAGGAAGAUCGUGGCUGAGUAUGAGAAGACAAUCGCACAGAUGAUUGAGGAUGAGCAGCGCACCACCAUGAGCAGCCAGAAGGGCCUGCAGCAGCUGACCGCGGAGAAGGAGCAGGCCCUGGCCGACCUGAACUCCGUGGAGCGCUCCCUCUCCGACCUGUUCCGGCGGUAUGAAAACAUGAAGACCGUCCUCGAGGGAUUCAAGAAGAACGAGGAGGUGCUGAAGAAGUGUGCCCAGGAGUACCUGGCCCGCGUCAAACAGGAGGAGCAGCGCUACCAGACCCUCAAGAUCCACGCGGAGGAGAAACUGGACAAGGCCAAUGAGGAGAUUGCUCAGGUGCGCUCUAAGGCCACGUCGGAGAGCGUCGCUCUCAAUGCCAGCUUGCGGAAGGAGCAGAUGAAAGUGGAGUCUUUGGAGAGAGCUCUCCAUCAGAAGAAUCAGGAGAUUGAAGAACUCACCAAGAUCUGCGAUGAACUGAUUGCUAAGAUGGGCAAAACGGACUAAACCUUCCCCCUGGAGGCUCAGCCCUGGAUCUUCCUGCAGUGCUCAGUGACCCUUCUCCCUCUCUCCUGAGCCCCACGCACUCCUCCUCCACUCUGCAUGUGACAGCGGAUGCCACCCCAGCGUGACCCAGCGAUCGGCCAGCGCCUCUAGAACGCCCGGCUACGCUGACACUUUCGGUCUCACAUUUACACGGUCCUGUUUUUUUCAAGCACGAAGACACACCCACAGUGCAACUGCGGACCCUCAGAGCCAGGCGGCGGUCCAUCGGCUGCGGGUGAAUCAAAACGGCAGUUGAAGCACAUACCUGUAUGGAAACUCUUUUUGAACAAGUUACUGAUGUAAAGGUUCCUUUUGUUUAAAAUGCUUGUGUGGAUAUUGCGCGUACAUAAGCCGUUGUCAAACUAGUAACUCGUAGGUAACAAAAGUAAGAUGCUUUCAUUUGAGUACAGUAUGUGUUUUUGCGUUCUGCUAAAUCUGUGUUUUCUUGUCGGUUUUGCUUGAAUUCGGUUUCUUAAAUGCGUCCGCGUCAGUCGAAAUUCCAGACAGGAUUUGGGAGAGGGGUUGUGGGACAGAUGUUUUGCUUUAGAGAGACAUUUUACACAGGAAAUGAGUGGGAAAUUACCAGUAAAAAGGGAUCUACCACUCAAUAUCAAGGUCCUUGCUGUGUAUAGACUUGCUCCCAGAUACCCAGCAAGUGUACACAAAAGGACAUAAAUUGGAUUUUAUUUACUUAUUGUGAAGUGACCGCAUUGGAUUGCUUUUGAAUUGGCAGUCCAUUCCUGUGGAUGGUCAUUUGAAAUUUACACAAUCAGGUGUUUGACUAGGCUUGGGAGCCUCAGUGGAUGUCCAUCCUAAAUUACUUAUACCCACUGAAGGCUCUGCAAGUUUAGUUUUCUUCUGCCCUACAGAUGAGCUCAGAUAGUGAAUUUUUCCCACUGCCUGAUAUUGAGUGGGGCUGUUGCUUCAGCACUGAUAUUGCACAACCAAGAAUGAAGAUCAAUUUUAUUGUAGUGGUGUUGCCAUAGUUUCAUUAGACACAUGUGCGCAUGCAUACACAUGCACAUGCAAAUUCAUACAACUGCAUCUGCAUACAACUGCAUCUGCAUACAACUGCAUCUGCUAGCGCUCUUCGCUGUGCCAAGCUUUCAUUUCCAUAAAUUCUCUUCUGCUUAAUAACAUUUGUGCUGACUGACAGUAUACAUUAGAUCAUCAUGACCUCAUGUCCAGGUAUGAAGAAGUGCUUAUAUCAUGCUAACUGCUGGCUUCAUCGGUACAAAAAGUACUGUGACUGAAUAUUACGAAACAAACAAUAACUGGUAUGUUUAAUGAGUUGAGACUAUUUGAAAGCAAGGAUAUUUACUUUCAUGUGUAUGUACAAUAGUUUUGUCUCUUUGAAGAUUAUCAUUUGUGUAAUUACCUUUUUUUAUUUUAGGCACUUAACCUCCAAAGAAUCAAAUUAAGUGCACCUGUAAAGUGUUUUUUUUAUUUAAACUGAAGUAUACAUGAAAUGGUAAAUUGAGAUAAUAACGAACAGAUUGCACCUCCUCACAGAAAAACAGGCUCUUUGGGUUUUUGUUUUUGUUGUUGCUCCAGUUCAGACUUUCCUCCAUUUUGAAUGUGAGCCUUGGUGUUUUGUGAGAGGAGAGAGAGCCUGUGAAGUGUGAUGUCACCCUGGCUUCGGCUGUUGUUUUUGUAUGUCCGGUCAGGAGCCGUGCUGAGACUGAAGAAGAACUAAACCCUGAGACUAAACCCUUACCCUUACCCUCUACCCUGAGACUGAACCCUAACC